AUGGUUUUCAAGAGGUACGUUGAGAUCGGGAGAGUAGCACUUAUCAACUUCGGGAAAGAUAAUGGAAAGCUCGUCGUCAUCGUCGACGUUGUUGACCAGAACAGAGCUUUGGUGGACGCACCUGGCAUGGAGAGGAUCCAGAUGAACUUCAAGAGGUUGUCUCUUACCGAUAUCGUGAUCGAAAUCAACCGAGUUCCCAAGAAGAAGGCUUUGAUCGAGGCAAUGGAGAAGGCUGAUGUGAAGAACAGGUGGGAGAAGAGCUCAUGGGGUAGGAAGUUCAUCGUGCAGAAAACUAGAGCUGGCCUCAAUGAUUUCGAUAGGUUCAAGGUCAUGUUGGCCAAGAUCAAGAAAGCUGGUGUUGUUAGGCAGGAGCUUGCAAAACUCAAGAAGGAGAUCACUGCUUGA